AUGACGCCGCUCGCGCGCGUCGCCCCCGAACUCGCGCGCGGGGCGUCGUCCUCGUCCGCGUCGUCGUCGUCGUCGGACGAGGCGGCCGUCCCCGCGCGAGAGAAGGAGUCGAACGCCCUCGGACGCGCGCCGAGGCCCUCGGACGCGUUCGCGGUCGUCGCGCUGGGCUCGACGCAGAUGAAAGUCACGACGGACGACCUCGUGUUCGUGGAGAAGAUGAGGAACUACGACGUGAACGACGAGGUGGACCUGCGCGCGGUUCUCAUGCUCGGGGACGCGUCUCGGACGAUCGUGGGGCGGCCCACCGUGCGCGGCGCGCGCGUGCGCGCGAUCGUGGAGGAGCAUUUCCGCGACGCGAAGAAGCUCGUGUUCAAGAAGAGGCGCAGGAAAGGGUUCCAGAGGACGUUCGGGCACAGGAGCGAGCUCACGGGGUUGAGGAUAGUGGAGAUCGAUCACGGCGGGUUGCUGCGCUGA